AGGAAAAUGAACCCUGUUGGUUAAAGAGAGUGGGUUGAUCUCAGAUCCUUCCUGCUCUUUUAUUCCUCCGCUCUCUGUCAUCCUCUCUCUCUUUCUUCUCCUCCUCUGGACGAACUCACAGCAUCCAUCAUCUCCAGCCUGCACUCUAUGAGACUCUAUACAAUCCUUCAUCUGCACGAGGGCUUUUCAAGAAGAAUCCAAGAAUAAUGAGAUCAGCGAUGUUCCUGCAUGUACUGCUGCGUGCCAUCUGCCUCUUCGUCUUGUCAUCUUCUGCCAUCCUCAGUCCUGCAGCAGAUGAGACCACAUUCUUACAAGUGACCAUUCCAGAUAGCCCCCCAGUGUCUGCCAUCUUGGGGGGCUCCUUGACUCUGCCCUGCUUGGUGAGUCUCUCCCGGACCCCAUCUUUCGGUCGACAUGCUGUACUGACUCAGCCACGAGUCAAAUGGAGCUUUCUUUCAUCAAACAAAGAGACAGAGAUCUUAGUGGCCCGUGGUGAGAGGGUAAAGGUGAGUGAGUUGUAUAAAGGCAGGGCAUCGCUGCUGAAUUAUGCUGCCUCUUCAGCUGAUCUCACCCUCAGACUGGAGGAACUGAUGCACAACGAUACAGGCUUCUACCGCUGUGAAGUCCAGCACGGCUUGGAGGAUGCUCAUGACCAGGCCCAAGUCAAAGUAAAAGGUGUCGUCUUCCAUUAUCGCAAUACCUCAAGUCGCUAUGCCUUCACUUUUGAUGAGGCCAAAGAUGCGUGUGAAUAUAUUGGAGCUCAGAUUGCUUCUCCAGAACAGCUGCUGGCUGCGUACCGCAGUGGUUAUGAACAGUGUGACGCUGGCUGGCUUUCUGAUCGCUCCGUUAGAUACCCAAUCCAGAUGCCACGUGAAGGGUGUUUUGGAGACAUGGAUGGAUUACCAGGCGUUCGAAACUAUGGCAUGGUGGAUAAUGAUGAACUAUAUGAUGUGUACUGCUAUGUGGAAAACAUUCAUGGAGAGGUUUUUCAUGGGUCAUCCCAACAGCGCUUCAACUUGUCGGAAGCGAAGACAUACUGUGAGCAGCAGGGAGCUCAGCUAGCCACAACUGGCCAACUGUAUGCCGCCUGGAAUGAUGGUCUGAACCACUGCAGUCCUGGCUGGCUUGCUGAUGGAAGCGUUCGGUACCCCAUUGUGACCCCUCGUGAACGGUGUGGGGGUUCUGAACCUGGUGUCAAGACAGUUUAUCGUUUUACCAAUCAAACGGGAUUCCCCGAACCACAAACUCAGCAUGACGCUUACUGCUUCAGAGCUAACAGCAACUCUCAGACAGUCUCACCUAGAGAUCAUAUGGCGACAGAGCCAGAGGACACCGAGGAACAUAUUGUGACUUUAGCAGAUCCUGAAGAGGAGUAUAGUGUGGAUCAGAUCACUCAACAGUCAGAAAAUGAAGUACAGGGGGCUGUUGAGUCCUUCUCCAUUUACAGCACACAGACUACUUCACAACCAGAGGAACACAACCACAGCACAAGACAGGAGGCUGUUGAGUCUUUCUCCAUUUACAGCACACAGACUACUUCACAACCAGAGGAACACAACCACAGCACAAGACAGGAGGCUGUUGAGUCUUUCUCCAUUUACAGCACACAGACUACUUCACAACCAGAGGAACACAACCACAGCACAAGACAGGAGGCUGUUGAGUCUUUCUCCAUUUACAGCACACAGACUACUUCACAACCAGAGGAACACAACCACAGCACAAGACAGGGGGCUGUUGAGUCUUUCUCCAUUUACAGCACACAGACUACUUCACAACCAGAGGAACACAACCACAGCACAAGACAGGGGGCUUUUGAGUCUUUCUCCAUUUACAGCACACAGACUACUUCACAACCAGAGGAACACAACCACACCACAAGCUCUCAGUUAGAUGAAGAUAGCACCUAUAGAGACUCCACCAUCCCAACCAGCACAGAGAGAUAUCUUGAGUCCACUGAGGUCACCUGGCAAAAAAUUGAGUCUGUUCCAGAGAUUUACAUAGAUCCAAAACACAUCGAUUUCACACAAAAAGGAGAACCAGAUAUAAAAGCUUCAGCAGUUGAUGGUGUUAAAAGCAGCAAUCAUAGACACUACCAACCAAUGCCAGAUACCAACCUACAGCCGGGAGAGCCCAUUGAUGUCAUCCCACCUACAGAGGCUCAGCCUGAGACUACAGAGGGAACGUCCUCUCAACCGAAGGAGAUAAAUGGGUCCAAACACUUCCAACCCAUGCCUGAAACCAACCUAGAGGAUGAGGAUAAAGAUCAUGUGACUAGUGAGAUAUCCGUGACCACUGAGGAUACUACACUGGAAUAUGACUUAAGCAAAGUCACCACAACUCAGCGUUCUUCAGUUAAGUCAAGUCCCUCAACAUACCUACCUGAAGGUGCUACAGUAGAAGACAAUGCAGGAAAUAUCACAGAAACUCCAGAGCCGGAUGAAGACUGGGGUCUUUUUACACACACAACUCAGUCCACAUCAACAAGCGCAUCCAGCACUGAAGGUUGGUUGGAGGGUUCAGGUGAGGAUUUGACCUUGUUUUUCACGGAAAAGGCCGAACAUCUGGUCACCUCGCAUAAAUCAGAGACAUAUGGAGCUUCAGCACCUGAGACUAUGACAGAGAGCUUCUCAUUAACACAUCUGAACAGUAUUAGCCCAACUUUUACACCCAGACAUGAAGACACUUCUGCAGACCAUCACGAUGCUGAGGAGAUCUCAACUGAGACCCUUCUUGUGUCUCUUGGUGCAGUUGAUAAUGCCAGUGAUUAUUCGACCGUGAGCACGUCACAGAAGGAGCCUGAAUCUUCUGAAAGUUCUGGCGAUCAUGAUGACAUCCUGCCAGUCACACUUUUGACCACCCCAAUGCCUCACCUGUUGGGAACAUCAACCACACAUGGGCCUGUACAGGUAGAAUUCAAUUCUCCACAGGAAAUGGAAGGUGUCCCCUCUGAAAGCACAACUCCAUCUGGCCUUGGGAUAGUAGAAGAAGAAUUUGAUAAAGUGGAGCAGGAUGGGCUUGGAGAGGAACCUAAUCAACGAAUCGCCACAUCCACUGAGCUUUAUAAGUCUACUGUAAAUUUUAGCAUUGAUGGCAGUGAUGAGGAAGAGUCUUCCGGAGAAAGAGAACCUUCAGGAAACAGGUCUUCAGUUAUUAAUUAUCCAUACUCAGAUGUGGCCAUCAUCACUCCCUCUAAUCUGACAAAUAUGCAAGACCUUAAUGAAACAAAUAGUGAGGAUGAUGAUGAUGAUGUUGAUGAUGAUAAUCAGGCCAGCACUGUGGAAUCCAUGAAAAGUCUGGAGGUUACAUUUCUUCCUCAUGGGACCCAAAGUCCCAUCUGGCAAAAUGUGGCAUCAUCCACAAACCCAGGAGAGUUCAGAGCAGAUGUUGAAUUCAGUGGGGACGCAGCACUUACCACAGAUGACAUCAAGGCCUUAGAUGAAUCUGACUCCACCAUUGCACCCAUCAAUGAGAAAACAACGCAAACCCAAAAACCAUCCACUAUGUCAGCCAACAAUGAAGACGAUGAUGACGAUGAUGAUUAUGAACUCAUGACUAAAGCAAACGCAGACAAUACAGAAGAUGAGAAUUAUGUCAAAACCACACCUGAGUCUUCCACUCUACCUGCCAGACCCACACAGAGAGUGCUGGUCAGGACAGGCUACAUUUCAGAUGCAUGUCUGGAGAACCCUUGUAAAAAUGGAGGCACCUGUGUGGACAGUGGAGCAGGUCACAGGUGUCUCUGUCUGCCAACUUAUGGAGGAGACUUUUGCGAGACAGAUCUAGAGCACUGUGAACCAGACUGGGAAAAGUUCCAAGGGUUUUGUUACAAACAUUUUACGAAACGGCAGAAAUGGGAGGUGGCAGAGCAGCACUGUCGCAUGUGCGGAGGUCACCUGGUCUCUGUUAUGUCACCUGAGGAACAGGAGUUUAUCAAUGAUAAAUACAGGGAGUAUCAGUGGACGGGUCUCAAUGACAAAACCAUUGAAGGAGAUUUCCACUGGUCAGAUGGGAACCCUCUGUUGUACGAGAACUGGUAUCGUGGACAACCAGACAGCUACUUCCUGUCAGGAGAAGAUUGUGUUGUCAUGGUGUGGUACGAUGAUGGGCGUUGGAGUGAUAUCCCUUGUAACUACCAGCUGUCCUACACAUGCAAGAAGGGCAUUGCAUUCUGUGGGCAGCCCCCUUUCGUACUGCACACUAAAUUGUUUGGACGUCGUCAACUAAAGUAUAGGGCCAAUUCACAGGUGCGCUACUACUGUGAGCCAGGCUUCAUCCAGAGACAAAACCCUAUUAUCACAUGUCAGAGCAAUGGACAGUGGGAGGAGCCUAGGAUCACUUGCUCACCAGUGGGAUCAGCAUACUCAAAUGGAGAACCGGUAACAUGGCCCACAGGUCAGAACAAGGAAAUAAUCAUAGAGGAGACAACAACAAAAACAACAACAAGAGAAUAUGUGGAUAUAAAAUGGAACUUUUAGAACAAGCACACGACAUUCUUUCUCUCUCCUGUUUAUCAUGUCAUCCCUUCGUUUAUCCUCCUUAAAAAUGUCCAUCGAUCAGCUCUACAAAGUUCCUUAUAUAACAGAAAUGUUAUAAAAAAAAUGGUCCCACUUAACUUUUUUUAAAGGGGACUUCCAAUUGGAUAACAGUUUAAAUACACCAAACAUUUGUAAAAGGAUACUUAAAUUAGACUAAAAGGUCAUUAAUGUUUUUUUUUUCUUCACUCAGCUCUUUUAUUUGACCCUUUUCUCUCUCUAGACCUUGACACUGAAUUACAUUUUGUAAUUCUAAGAUACCAUAAAAGCACACUUGAUAAAAUGCAACUUCCAAACAAAGCUUGUAACCACUUGGACCAGACACCUGUUCUUUCUUUCUGUCUUUUUUUUUUUUUUUUUUUUUUUUUUUAUAAAUUAUGAGAUAAACCUAUGAACAAAUGCACUAACAUCAUCUUGUCUGAAUCAUUUUGUUUUUCAUUGUUGUUCUGUAGUGACUAAUUAUGUCCUCAUCAGCAGUAUUAAUUCUUAAACAUUCAGUGUGCUGUGUUUUUCCUCAUUUAGAAUUGCCAACCAAGACUCAACUUUAGAACCUUUAGGCUAACAAUGACACAAUUUUAGCAUUAACUAACAGGAAUUCCUUAAUAAAAAAUAAAAAAAACAGGAAUAUUCGUAUGCUUGUUGUUGGCUUUAAAGUACUCUGAAAGAAAAAGUUUUAAAAAAUCUGUAACCUUUGUGAACUUAAUCAAGUCAGUUGAGGCAUAUCAACCCAUCCUUUGUGUUGAUGUUGGGUCAGCAAAGCUUUAUGAAGCAGGGAAAAUUCCUUAUGAACUCCACAAAAUUCUGUGACUCGGUGCUCAGUUUUUCAGGUCUGUAUUGUACUCUGGAGGAUGGCCAUUUCCAGAAGACUACUAUCAAGUUUCAUUUGAUUCAGUGAUGCAUCACUAACAAAACCAUAUUUUAGUUUUUGAUGGCCUGAAACCAGGGCAUAUUUUAUCACUCUAGAAACAUGAAAUGAAUGACAUUCCAAGCAAUCAGAGCAAUCACAAUAAAAUAGUUAUCACAAUAAGAAA